AUGAAACCAACAGACAACGGUAAUGUUGCGGACUCGGGAUCAGAAAAUUCAUUAUUUGCUGAACUGAAAGACAUAAAAUACAACCUGACGGUAUUAAAGAAGCAGGUCGAUGAUAACACAAGUUCUUUUUCGAGAUAUCCACAAAAUCAAGAAAAUAUUAGCAACGAAGAGCUUAUGAAACAGAAAGGGAGGUGUGAAAAGCUACAGGCGUCAUUAUGCAACAAAGAUAAAGAAAUUAAUGCGCUGAAAAUGAAAAUUGUGUCUCUUGAGACCCGAGCAUCGUCCGCGGAACAGGAAAACGACUCCCUAAAAUUAGCAUUAAAGCUUAUUAGGCAGGAAAUGAGCGUAGGAGAGCGUCAACAACAGGGGAAU